AUGGCCAGUUACCUGUCUAAACGAAACUGUGACGAGUCUUUUAUGAGGUAUUUUUUUGGUAAGAAUGCAACAAAGAAAACGCCUGAAGAAUUGGAACGGGCAGACGAGCGGAAGCGCAGACUGCAACGAGAACGAUCGCGAAGAUAUCGUGCUCUUAAAAACGCUAGACGACAACAUGAAGGUGUGCGUGACAAUGCGGACAACGAACCGACGCGGAGCAAGUCCCGCGGAGUGUCCAUUGACGAGGAACUGAGCGACGGUGACGAGCCACCGACGCUCUGCAAUCUCUCUUAUGACGAUAAAUGGCGAGAACCCCUAUCUUCGGACUGCGCGUCCGACGACAAUUCUGCACAUAGUGCCGCCGAGUUGAAGGAGGCUGCUCUCUCGGGGAAUAUAUCCCUUAAUUUAAAAGAGUUCCUUAGUUCUCCAAAUAUGGAGCUUGACUACCCGACCGUGCACAGCUUAAUGUUCCAUUGGUUGCAAACG